UGUGGGAGUCGUCCUCGUCCUCGUCCUGGACACGAGUUAUCAAGCGUCGAACGUAAUCGAAUAGUCAAUGGGUGGCACACAAGCCAAGCCGCCGAUUCGCGUCUUAAAUCUGUUAUAAGCGAAAACUAGGCCGAGUGCGGAGAAAAAAAAACCAAGACGGGGCGAAAACACAACCGAGCACAGCGAUUCUGGGUCCAAGUUCAUCGUCCCGACGAGGUUCAUGAACGCGCGGACGCUGGAUUGUGCUGAACGCUUGAUUCAAGCCUCGAACAGAAAAUACCUCAGGACUCCAAUUCCUCUGAAAGACAUGCAAAAAACAACCCAGUGAUGGAGUCCACAGUUAGUACGUCCUCUCAAAUGCCUGAUGAGUUUGAUCGGAAUGUACCCCGGAUCUGCGGGGUGUGUGGUGACAAAGCUUCUGGUUUCCACUUUAAUGCCAUGACCUGUGAGGGCUGCAAGGGCUUCUUCAGACGCAGCAUGAAACGCAAAGCCAGCUUUACGUGCCCUUUUAGUGGAAGCUGCUCCAUCACUAAGGACAACCGCCGCCACUGCCAGUCCUGCAGACUCAAACGCUGUUUGGAUAUUGGCAUGAUGAAGGAGUUUAUCCUUACUGAUGAGGAAGUGCAAAGAAAGAAGGAUCUCAUUCAGAAGAGAAAGAAAGAGGAGGCGCAGAAGGAGGCGCAGAAGCCCCGGCUCACAGAUGAGCACAGCACGCUCAUCACCGUACUGCUGGAGGCACAUCACAAAACCUACGAUGACUCCUACUCUGAUUUCUCCCGCUUUCGACCUCCAGUGAGAGAAGGUCCAGUUACACGCAGUGCCAGUCGAGCUGCUUCACUGCACUCUCUCUCAGAUGCUUCCUCUGACUCCUUCAGCCACUCUCCUGAGUCAGGUGACAGUAAGAUGAAUCUGAGUAAUAUGUUGAUGAUGUACCAGGAGCAGGGAUCAAGUCCUGACUCUCAGGAGGCUGAUGGCUCUCGUCUGUCAAUGCUCCCUCACCUGGCUGAUCUGGUCAGUUACAGCAUCCAGAAGGUCAUCGGCUUUGCCAAGAUGAUCCCCGGAUUCAGAGAUUUAACAGCUGAGGAUCAGAUAGCUUUACUAAAGUCCAGUGCAAUCGAGGUGAUCAUGCUGAGGUCUAAUCAGUCCUUCAAUUUGGAGGAUAUGAGCUGGAGCUGUGGAGGGCCUGAAUUCAAGUACUGCAUCAAUGACGUGACUAAAGCUGGACACACCCUGGAGCUACUGGAGCCUCUGGUGAAGUUUCAGGUGGGCCUGAAGAAGCUAUAUCUGCAUGAGGAAGAGCAUGUGCUGCUCAUGGCAAUCUGCCUGCUCUCACCUGAUCGUCCCGGAGUGCAGGAUCACGAGCGUGUGGAGUCUGUGCAGGAGCGCCUGUCCGAGGUUCUCCAGGCGUACAUCCGCGUGCACCACCGUGGGCGCCUGCAUUACGCCAAGAUGAUCCAGAAGCUGGCCGAACUGCGCAGCCUGAGCGAGGAGCAUUCCAAGCAGUACCGCACGCUGUCCUUUCAGCCCGAGCACAGCACGCAGCUCACUCCACUGGUGCUGGAAGUGUUCGGCAGUCAGGUCACCUAACCCCAGGUCACCAGGGGUCAGAAAGGCGGGGGACAGAACGAGUGAACGCAUGGACAAUCACCCUGAUAGACACACACGGAGGGCUUGGGAGUGACGUGUAUGUUGUUUGCCUGUGUGUCGGUGUGAGAGUGUGUGAUCUGCGCUCAGUGAGUAUUGAGUGCUGGAUGAAUGUGCCUGUUCUUUUUCUCGGUUUGUUAUCAGUAAGGCUGGGAUUAUGGUUGCCGUCUGACUGCAGCUUUAAACGAUUAAAACUUUCUAG